AUGUUGUUCUUGAGACUGAGAUUCAAGAACAUCUCUUCUGAGAUUUAUGGAAGCUUUGUGAUCUUUUCCGUGAAACUCACUCUGUCGAUGCAAAUUAUUGGAUUCUAUGUGAGGGUGUCAUCUUCAUUACUAUGGAUUCAGAUGUACAGACUCGGAGUUUCGUAUGUAGACAGCUCAGUUCCUCGAGAAGCAGAUGCUGAUAUAAGAAAUAGUUUCUUAAAUCCUGCAACUCCUUCUGUAGUUAGACAUUCCUCUGGCUCUGAUGAUGUUUUAGGAGGGUCUAUAUACAACCCAGCAUAUUACUCCUCUCUCUUUGAAGAUGGAAAAGAUCAUGGAUAUUCGUACGGGCGAACCUUGUUGUGGUUAUUGUCGUGUCCACUUGUUGUUGGAAUCGUCGAAUCAUCGGAGGUUGAAGAUUGCCUGCGUCUCACCAUAGUCGAACACCUAGAUCCAGGUUUGCAGUCGGUUCAUCCCCCUGUGCUAGACCAACUAGUUCAUAUACAUAACAGACCGGUUCAGUACAGUUCAGACAGUAUUUUCAGCAUCGGUUCAGUAAAACCAGUCCAGUUCAGGUUGUUUCAGAACCGGUUCAGUGAGGAUUUUGCAGCCCUG